AUGAAUUCAACAAUUGUAAACGAAAACAAUCAUUUAAAUUUUGCAGAGAAAUGUUGGAAGGGGUGGUUUGAUUAUUUCGAGGAUGAAUUAUUUGCAACAGCUUUAAUUUCAUUUAUAAUGCAUGAGGUU